GACACACCACCAGCCACCACCACCACACCACCACUACCCAACCACCAUCACCACCACCACCACCGUGGCCGCCACCGCCGUGCCCCGGUGGAUACCCAUACCCAACUGGGUCGUUGAACAGUGAACAAGAUACCCGCACGGAACACUGAAAUACCCGUCUUGUUAAACUAUUAAGAAUACUUGAAUUACUCGAUAUGUAUUCCUGCGUAUUCAUAUUAAAAUGUAUAUAUAUAAAGGAAAAAUGAAUGAAAGACGAAGUUCGCUGUGCCUAAGUUAUCGUUAUGACCAAACGAGGCUUUGAACGUUAAACAAGACCUGUGCAAGCGUUGAUAUACGCCUUAAGAAACACGUUCUCGCAUUACCCGACUCGUGAACGCCUUUUCAAUGCUCCAUAUACCGAACGCGAACCCAUUACUAACCAAACUAACAACAAUGGCUCUCCAAACGAUAAAUAAACCAAAAAUAAAUUAACCUAAGCAUAAAUAGAAAACAGAAACCGACCCCCUAAUAAUGUAACAGGAAAAAAAGCGGGCUUACCACAACUUAAAUGAGAAGCUAAAGUGGACACUAUUUUAGGAUUGAGAGAGAUUAUUGUUUACAUCUAGGAAGAUUGCUGCGUGAGGCUGGGCCAGGCUAGCUGCAGGCAGCAGUGUGUGGUGAGGCGCCUGCUUGUAGCCUGCUUGUAGCCUGUAGGGGAUGUAUGGAGAAGGAGGAGCGAGGCAAACCCAGGUGUAAGAGCAACAUGCCUGGAGGCUUCGUGACUUAGGCACCAAUAUGUGGAGGUGUCCAACAUGGGUUAGUCAUAAGGGAUCUUCGGCCUCCCACGCCUUGAAGACCCUCAUUAGUGUGUCGACGGUCAUCCUCCUCGGACUCAUAUGUGCCUAUCACGCCCUCGAGGUUCAGCUGUUCAUGAUCGACAACUGUGCAGACGACUGGCGCAUCGCCAUGACCUGGCAGCGUAUCGCCAGAAUAUCUAUGGAGCUGAUCAUCUGCGCAGUCCACCCGGUCCCUGGAGAGUACUACUUCUAUUGGACGACCAAGCUCUCGAACCAGGGGGGCGUGGAGGGCUCUCAGUGGGUGCCCAUCGACGUCACCCUCUCCCUACCUAUGUUUCUCCGCCUGUACCUCAUAUGCAGGGUCAUGUUACUACAUUCUAAGCUGUUCACGGACGCGUCGUCACGGAGCAUAGGGGCUCUCAACAGGAUCAACUUCAACACCCGAUUUGUUCUCAAGACGUUGAUGACCAUUUGCCCGGGCACAGUGCUCCUUGUGUUCAUGGUGUCUCUCUGGAUCAUUGCUUCGUGGACCCUCCGCCAGUGUGAGAGGUAUCACGAUGAAGAACAUGCUAAUCUGCUUAACGCUAUGUGGCUCAUCGCUGUCACUAUAUUAUGUGUUGGGUACGGGGAUAUUGUUCCUAACACGUACUGUGGCAGGACCAUCGCUGUGGCUUGUGGAAUCAUGGGGGCCGGAUGCACUGCCUUAUUGGUCGCUGUCGUCUCACGUAAAAUGGAACUUAGCCGUGCAGAGAAACAUGUACACAAUUUCAUGAUGGACACACAGUUAACGAAGAGGGGUAACGGGAGCAUGGCGCUCGUUGUGGCCGUUCUGCUCACUAAAAUACAAUUGCAGCCUGCGGAAAAGAGGGUUCAUAUUCUUAUGAUGGAAAAGCAGCUCAAUUGGAGGUUAAAAAACUCUGCAGCGAACGUGUUAAGAGAGACUUGGCUCAUCUACAAGCACACCAAGCUGGUCAAAAAAGUCAACCAUGGUCGCGUCCGCACUCAUCAGCGCAAGUUCCUGCUUGCUAUUUACGCGCUGAGAAAGGUGAAGAUGGAUCAAAGGAAACUCAUGGACAAUGCUAACACCAUUACCGACAUGGCUAAGACGCAGAACACCGUGUAUGAGCUGGUGUCGGAUAUGAGUGGGCGUCAAGACGUGCUGGAUGAAAGGGUCAGCUCGCUGGAGGAACGCCUUACCUCCAUCCAAGAGUCACUUGAUGCUCUUCCGGAUGUCCUGUCGCGGUGUCUGCAAAAACACCAAGACCUCUUGGACCAACGGCGCCUCACGGGCCCCUCCUCCAACUCCCUCCAUCCUGAUAUGGCAGCGCGACCUGGCGGAUAUCCGGUCCUCUCAGCAAGUCAAUCUCCAAGAAGUUCAAGUGUCUGGCAACAGCAGCAGUCACAAGCUAGUGCGCCGCCACUGUUUCCUCGAUCAGGGCUAAGUCCAACGCUACCAGCUUUAACAGCACCAGCGACUCCUGUAAAUAUCAUGUCAGGAGAGCGGUCGCCUCCCGCGCCGGGAUCGCUGAGUGCUCAGUCAUUGCCCAAAUCGGAGGCGUGAAGUCAAGCCGUCCAACUGCGGGCAGCAGCAGAAGUGAGAGUAGCAACCGCAGUUGUUUGUAGGCUACUGCUGAUGUCCGCAACCUAUCCGCUUCAAUACUCGCCACUACACCAUCAUUUCUACCAACACCUCCCAAUCCUGCGAUCCACCACAAUACCUAUAAUGGGUACUCAGUGGCUGCUAUGUGGCCAGGUUGCCCGCCACCACUUCCUCCCAUCAAUGUCUACAACCUCUACUCUCUUCCCAUCACUCAGUGCAUAAUGUGAUAUUAGACAAGACAAAUUAUGGCAGGGCAGCUUCUGUGCUCUGUCAACCGUUUGCAGUUUGUGAGACUUCUCUGUGCUCAUCAUACUCUUUGCUAAGGUCGACGCUUACUUCCUAGGGACUACUUUUCAUAUAGGAUAACUGGACUCGUUGUAGAGUGGUGACUUAUCCUAUCCAUGCCCCUCACUGUAUCCGUCAAUAAUGUUGCUAGGUUGUUGUAACACUUCGAAAACGAGAAACAUUACUCUUUUAAGGGAACGAAUACUCUUAGCUCGAAAUCAACACACCCGGACAACUGUUAUUUUCUUGUGGUUGCUACAAUUUCUAACGUAGGUCGGCAAUAUUUAUCAGGCUGUCAGCUGUCCCUGGUGGAUGCUAACACCCUCUGGAGGAAGUCGAUCAUUGUAGAAGAAACUUGAACGUUCCUUCACAAAGGUUGUGGCUCACAACAUGGAUGGCAACUGUCACAUCUGUGGAAGACUUGGUCUUAAUGGGGGCAAACGUCCCUGGUGGACGUGGCAGCUCCGUGAAAUGCGUCUGUAGUCCUGGAAAGAUGGGUUGCUUUCAGAUGGAAAACAACAUCUACAAGCAGAGAAGUUUUCACUAUAAUUAAGUCCUACUAUUGGGAAGAUGGUUCCUGGCGCAUAAUGUCUUAUGAAAGUAGGAAAACGAACAUAAUAACCAAGAAUUAAUGAGUAUUCAAUAACGUUAUCUUUCCCUCGAGGUGCAUGUCCACAACACUGUCAGGUUUAUGCUAAUCAUACACAUGGUGUAAAUUUACGAUACUAGUGUAUGUGCACAUUUCACCCCUGAAUACGUGGCUUAUACCCUUGGUUGUCCAUUGAAGAUAUUCUCGGGCUUAUGUCCACAUUAUUCCCGGGUAUAUUUCUGCAACUUCUGGGUGAUCCAAGACACUGUCCGAAGAAUAUCCUGGGCUGACCCAAACCUAUGCGCAUUUUGCUCCUCGAUAUGACCAUUGCCCUCCUAAGUGUCAGUCCUUGAUGUAUCUUGGAAUAUGUGCCCACCACUCUCAAGUGCCAACUCAAGACACUUCCCAGAAUAUUUUCUCAAUAUUUCUAACAACAAAAAUUACAGUGCCUCCCUGCGAGUCGAGACCCGUAAACCAGGAUGGACCCUCCACUGAGCAACGUCUAUCAAAUUAACACCCAGAAUCUGUGAGAUAUUUGACGUUUCUAAAUUCAUAUAAACUUAUUUUCCAUAUUUAAUAAUACCUUGAUAUAUAAAUAUAUGUGUAAAAAUCUGGAAAUAUGGUUGAUCAUCUUGAUUUAUGUGGUAUCUCUCCAGUGAACCGGAAUUAUCUAGGAAGAUGUCAAGUGUUUACAAAUGUAGGGGACAAUGCUCUAUUAGUUAACGACAGCACCUCCUGGGGGAGGAUGGAUAGUACAUGAGGGCAGACGAUAUUCUCUGGCGGGGCCCCUGAUGGUGCUGUGACUGCUACAUAUCAGACCAGAACCUACCACAGGCUCUGCUACUUAACCCACUCCCAUCACCGCCCAUCCCCUCCCCUCUUGAUCACCCAUCCAAACACACACAACUAUUGUUCAGGUGCUUUUAUGGGCUAUAUACUGUUCUCUUACUCGAUAAGUCUUACUAAGGGAUGACAAUUUUUUACAAAAUAUUUAUAGCUUUCAAAAGUAUUAAGUUUCUUUAUCCCCCCUUUCACUCUAUCCUUUGUGUGGUCAUUUUCGUAUAACUGAAUCACGUGUUUUUAUAAUAUUUUUACAAACACACAAACUCACUCACAUAUACACACACACACACAAUCACAAACACACAUGUACACACACUUACAAGAUUCUCAAAGGAAUUGAUAGGGUAGAUCGACAAUUUAUUUA